AGCCUAGCCGCUUAGCUUUGGCUUCAGGCCGCCGCAGACUCACCGCUGACCUCCGCUUCCAAACAUGGCCGGUGUACGAGCCCUUGGUGUGCUUUCCAGGCUAACAUCUCGGAAAUACCCCCUCUUCACAGGUAAUAGUUUCCGGUCUUUUUCAGUAGCACCUGCCAUGUUGGCCAGAACUCAUGUUAACUAUGAAGUCAAGGGUGAUGUUGCUGUUAUACGGAUCAAUGACCCCAGCUCAAAGGUCAACACACUGUCAGUCCAGAUGCAGAAAGAGAUGACAGAAGUGAUGGCUGAAGUCUGGGCGAAUAAUGCCGUUCAAAGUGCUGUUCUGAUCUCCUCCAAACCCGGGUGCUUCAUCGCAGGAGCUGAUAUCAAUAUGAUCCAGGCCUGUAACAGUGAGGAGGAGGUCACCAAACUGUCUCAGGAAGGACAGAAGAUGUUUGAACAAGUCGAGAAGUCUCCAAAGCCCAUUGUGGCUGCGAUCAACGGCUCCUGUUUAGGAGGAGGUCUGGAGUUUGCCAUCGCGUGUCAGUACAGAAUUGCCACAAAGAGCAAAAAGACGGUGUUGGGGACGCCUGAGGUGAUGCUGGGGCUGUUACCUGGAGCUGGAGGCACUCAGAGACUCCCCAAAAUGGUUGGUCUCCCCAGUGCCUUUGACAUGAUGCUGACAGGCAGAAAUAUCAGAGCCGAUAAAGCAAAGAAGAUGGGACUUGUGGAUCAACUCGUGGACCCUCUUGGACCUGGUCUGAAGAGUCCAGAGGAACGCACUAUUGAAUAUCUGGAAGAAAUAGCUGUAGAAUGUGCCCGAGGAAUCGCCAACAAGAAAAUCUCUCUCCGCAAAGAAAAAGGCACCAUGCAGAAAAUCCAAGACUACAUCAUGAGUUUUGAGUUUGUGAGAAAUCAGAUCUACAAAACAGUUCACGGUAAAGUGAUGAAGCAAAGCAAAGGCCUGUAUCCAGCUCCACUCAAAAUCAUUGAAUGCGUAAAGACUGGAGUUGAACAAGGCCCUGUAGCCGGUUACUUGGCAGAGGCACAGAAUUUUGGACAGCUGGCUCGCACCUCUGAAUCGGCCGCUCUGAUUGGUCUGUAUCACGGUCAAGUCGCCUGUAAAAAGAACCGCUUUGGGACUCCACAGAAAGAAGUCAAGACCCUUGCCAUCCUGGGCGCUGGUCUGAUGGGGGCGGGCGUCGCUCAGGUGACUGUGGAUAAAGGGGUGCACACCAUUUUAAAGGACACGACUGAGGCUGGACUGGCACGAGGGCAGCAGCAGGUCUACAAGGGACUGAACGACAAAACAAAGAAAAGGAGCAUCACAUCCUUUGAGCGAGACUCGAUCCUGUCCAACCUGACGGGGCAGCUGGAUUACAGCGGCUUUGAGAAGGUCGACAUGGUGAUUGAGGCUGUGUUUGAGGACCUCAAAAUCAAACACGCUGUGCUCAAAGAAGUGGAGGCGGUGGUGUCUCCUCACUGUAUUUUUGCCAGUAACACAUCAGCUCUGCCCAUCAAAGACAUCGCAGCUGCCAGCAAGAGGCCAGAAAAGGUGAUUGGGAUGCAUUACUUCUCUCCGGUGGAUAAGAUGCAGCUGCUGGAGAUCAUCACGACGCCACAGACGUCCAAAGACACGACGGCGUCCGCUGUGGCCGUGGGACUCAAACAGGGGAAAGUCAUCAUCGUGGUCGGGGACGGCCCAGGCUUCUACACCACGAGAUGUUUGGCCCCCAUUUUGGCCGAAGCGAUCCGAGUCCUUCAGGAAGGAUCUGACCCUAAGAAGCUGGACGGCUUGACCACAAGUUUCGGUUUCCCCGUUGGCGCGGCGACUCUCAUUGACGAAGUGGGGAUCGACGUGGCGGCUCACGUGGCGGAGGACCUCGGGAAAGCGUUCGGCGCGCGGUUUGGAGGAGGUAACGUGGAAGUGCUGCAGACCAUGGUGGACCUGGGAUACAAAGGUCGCAAAUCUGGUAAAGGUUGCUAUGUUUAUCAACCAGGCCUGAAAGUGAAAGAAAUCAACUCAGGAAUUGACGAUAUUCUUGAGAAAUACAAACUGAAGCCGAACCCUGCUGUUUCAUCAGACUCGGAUAUCCAGUACCGACUCAUCUCUCGAUUUGUGAAUGAGGCACUGCUGUGUCUACAGGAGGGGAUCCUGAACAGUCCACUAGAGGGCGACGUGGGCGCUGUGUUUGGACUGGGCUUCCCUCCCUGUCUUGGAGGUCCUUUCCGUUACGUGGACAGUUUCGGCGCAGACAAACUCGUGGCAAAGAUGCGUCAGUUUGAGGCCGUUUAUGGAAGCCCGUUUACGCCGUGCCAGCUCCUUCUCGAUCACGCCAAUGAUUCCAGCAAGAAGUUUUACAAGUGAAAAACUAACUUCGAAAUCUGUAGCACUUCGCAACGACUCCAGUCUGCCACUAAAAUGUGCCUAACGUUUAUAUGGAAAAGUGGAGACAAAAUUGUGAUGUGGCAGCAAACGGAGCUGCUGUUUUGUACCUUAUGAUAAUUAAGUUAAAUGGAGGAAAGCUAACGAUCUGUGAGUUGUAAAGAAAAUGAAACUCCAAGCCUGUGUCUUUUUAACUCGCAAGAAUGUCUGUCCAAGUGUCUUUCUUUGUACAUUAGGGCUCGGUCCAUGUAAAUGUCUAAGAAUAAAAUUUUGUUAUUCAA